AUUGGUUGAAACUUCCAAUGUCAAGUGUCAACUGAAAUUAUUUUGGUUGUAUAUCUGCAAUGGUUCAUUUAAUUGAAUUGUUUUUGUUUAUGUUCAGAAUAUAUUGAGAGAAGUUUUAAAUGUGGAUUGACUUUUGGAAAUCAUGACACACUAUUGGUGGAUGCAUUGGUUUUGGAUAACAACCUGGAUUUCUUUAAUAAUGUGUAAAACAUCUUCCUCAAUUACACAUUCCAAUGGUACCACUCUACCUCCUUUUAACAUAAGUCAAAACUUGAAUUACUUAAAUGUAACAGGAGGCUUAACAAAUCCGCCCACACGUUCAACCCCAACCGUCAGAGCGAAAAGCACCCCUGCCCUGAAAAACACUUCGUACGGUAAAUACAACAAAACGUCUCAAAGGAAAACUGAAUUUUUGUAUGUGAACACUACCACGAAGUAUACAAAAAAAGGAGACAGAGAUAAAGUCAAGGAGAAGUUCAAAGAAUCUGUGAUAAAUAUUAGUGAAAAAAUCACUGAUAACCAAAUCUUGAUAAAUAAUAGUUUUAAUGCAAUAAAUCGGAACGAUAAUCUAACCUACUUCGAAACGGAUGUCAAUCUUAAUCAGAGUUCAAUACAAACUUCCGAAAGCUUUGGAGCAGAAGAGGUGAAAGAACAUAUUAGUUUUUCUGAUAGUGAUUUAAGUGCAGCGGGAAUCACAGGAAUUACUUUAGGUUGUGUUGUUAUUGUGGGAAUAUUGUCUGGUAUUAGCUAUUUUAUAUAUAGAUAUCGAGGAUUCAACAGGCCUCAAGUACUUAAUGAUCGAUGCAGUAAUCCAGAUUCAAGCGGAUACCUCGAUGAUGCUUCAGUAAGAGAUAAUUCCGAAGAAAUGUAUAGCUUAGAUAACGAUUCGUUCCUAAACAGUUUGGAAGCCAUGACAAUUCAAAAUUAUUGGACUGACACUGUCAAACACACAAAACUUUAGUUCCAGUUCCAGUGUAUAAAUUGCUGUAAAUAUAUUGACUUACUUCAAGUAUUUUAGAAACUGUGAUGCAUAUCAAUAGCUUCAAUGAUAGGACCAGUAAUAAGUUUAUGUGAAAAAACUAUUUUUAGUCAAAGAUUCUAGAUAAAUCUCCUAUUAUAAACAAUUUUGUCACUAUCUUCCAAAUUACUGCUAUUACAUAGAUUUUACAGUUAACUAAAAGCCAUAAUGAUCCCAGUCUACUUUCUUUUUAAGAAAUAAUUUUUAUAAGAAUUAAAUUAUUAAGCUUAAUAUAACAAUGAUAAAUAUAGAGCAAUUAUAAAUUUGAUCAAUUAUGACCUGAUAUUCAACAUCACUACAUCACCAAGAAAUAUCUUUACUGAUUGUUUCUAUUAAUUUAUGGGAAAUUUUUUCAAUAACAUGCUUGGUAAAAAUAUAUGCACAAAUACAACUACAUGUGUAUCAUAUACUCAAUAUACAAAGUGAUCCAGAAUUAUGUACAUCAAUUUCUAGAGCCGAUAAUACGCCUAAUAGUACUGUAUAUUGUUUUCUAUAACUCCUAAAAAAUGAAGAACAUACAAAUCCUUUAAAGAGAUGAAGCUUUGCAAGAUAAUAGGAUGAUCCAUUUCAUUUUAUCGCUUUCCCCAUACCAUAUAAUUACAGGGUUAGGUUAGGUCAGGAGUAAAAUGCAUUAUAUACCUUCGAGUUCACAUAAAUCAAAUAUAUGUGUAUCUAUAGAAUUAUAAGAGCAUCUUACAGCAUAUGAAAAUAAUUAUUCAUAUAUCGUAUCUUUCCAAUAAAAAAUAUGAACUCUAUAAUCAAAACCAUUUAGUAGACAUUUGAAAAAAUUGGGUUUUCUAGGUUCUCAAGUUGUUCUGCUUUAUUAUUCAGUUUUCGAAAAAAGUGUAUUUUUGAAUAGCUGUAAAAAUUGAUGUACAUGAUUCUGGACCACCUGGGAGUGAAAAAUCUUGGUUAUAUUAAUAACCUUCCUUUUGUUACUAAUUUUAUGACUAUUAAUGUUGUAAAGUAAAUAAUAAUAAUGUGAAUACUUGGAAAUUCCACAAUGUUUUUCGAAACUAUUUCAGGAUUUAAAAUAAUUAUUGUUAAUUAUUCAUACAUGUAUGUAUUUACUUUUUAUAAUCUGGAGUUUAUCUAAAAUCUCAUUUUUUAAUGUACUAUAACUACUGAUUUCUACGUGUAGUAGAUUGUGAUUGUUUUUCCGUCUUUAUGUUAUGUGUAUAUUUAAGAAAAAGUACAAAGCAGUAAAAUUCAUUUUUAAAAUAAAUAGGAUACAACUUAUAAAUAAAACUAGGUCUAAUAAAUAUUCUUCCAUUAUAUGUUGGUUGUAGAAUGGAUUUAUGUGAAAUCAUUAUUCAUAUGGGUAGUAUACAGGUAGUUUCAAAAGUUAUUUGAACUUUUUGGUCACAAUAUUGAACACCAUAAUGCAAAAUAUCAUUAUAUUCAAUAAAACUAGACAUACAGGGUGAUUUAUGUAAAACUGUUUCAGAUAAUGUUUGAGUAAUUCUUAAUUUAUAAUUUGAAGGUAAAAUCAUUAUUAGUACAACCACUUAAUUGAUAUGUUGACACAUUAUUAGGAAAGUAAUUGAUAAUUUUAUAUAACUUGAAUUAUAAUACUUGAAAAGUCUAUCCUAUUUUGAUAGUUGUGAUUUACAGGCCUAGAUAUUUAUUAUAAUUAGAGAUUCAUAUUCAGGAUUUCAAUAAGCCUGUAAAAUAUUUGUACAAGUACAGAAAGUAUAAAAAUAACAACAUUUACAAAAAAACGGAAAUUAUUUUGUAUUCUGUUAACUUAUUUUUUUUGUCAGAUUUUUUUUGAAAAAGAAAAUGUUUUUAUAAUCUAUAACUUGCAAGUUUGUUGUUCUGUUACAUCACAUUCCAUUCGCAUAUUAUGAGAGUUUAUUCUGUUUAUUAAUUACAUUAGAAUUUUCUUUUUUUAUAUAACAGCAAUGAAAUAGGCAUAUCAGUAAAAUCACUCUUCAUUGGCUCUUCAUUGUGUUCUCUUCAUCUCUAAAUUCAAAAUCGGCAUUUUUAUAUCGAAAAUAUAUAGUUCCUUGUUGAUGGAAAGAGUGUUUGUUUAUAAUGAAAAUCAAGCAACAGUUUUCAUAAAGCUCUCUUGAAAUUUUUUGCCAUGCUACUGCUGUUAGGAUUUGAAAAAAUAUUACGAGUUGGCAGGGACCAGUGCCCAGUUUGUAUGAGAAUUAAUAUAAAAAACAAAAAUAAAUUUUGAUAAACGAGAAUUUGAGGGUUGAUUGCUGAAGUUUAUAAUGAAUUUUUUCAAUUUUCGGUAGAACAUGAUUUUCGCUUCAACCCAUAACCUUCCGUUCUUUUUAAAGAUUUUUCCUAGCGUGUUAUCCGAUGUUACUCACGGUCUUCCAUUUUUCCUGGCAUGUCACUAUCCCAAUUUUUUUAACCAGCAUUGUAUUAUCCAUUCUUUGUAGAUGGCCCCACCUUUCUUUUUGCCUACUUUCUUUGCUGCAGCAAUUUUACUCUUUUCUAUCUGUCAAUACUCAAAAUUCACAGCCGUAUGUGACAAUGGGCCUAAAUAUUGCUUUGAACACUUUCUUUUCUGUUUCUUUGGAGAUUCUUUAUUUAUGAGCCACUUGCUUAAUGCAUAGUAAAAUUUCUACGCCUUCUCUAUUUUAUUGUUUUUUCUAAAUCCUCUCUUUCUGUCUAUUCCGACAAUAAUUCAUUUUACAUUUACCACUACCAUAACUUUGAUUUUCUUCUUGUUCAUUUUCAUUCCGUUUUCUGUCAAUGUUUCAUUCUAGUUGAUUAAAUUUUCUUGUAGAUUCUUCUGCUAUGAUUAUUAUAUCAACUGCAAAGGCGCAUUUCGAUAUAUUAAUGCGUUUAAGUUGUCGAAAUCCAAUAUGAAGUGGUUUAGUUUUCUUUUCUGUAAUUCUAAUUAAUUCAUUCAUGUAAGUUAUGAGUAGUAAUGAGCUCAGACUGCCUCCUUGUAGCACUUCUUCUUGUGUUGGAAAUGUCUCUGAUUUCUUGUUUCUGCUUAUGACAUCGUGUCUCGUUUCUUCGUACAAGCAUUUAGUUACUCUCGUUAAUUUGCUGCUAAUAUUUUUUUUGUAGGUUCGUUCGUGGUAUUUUAUCGAAAGCUUUUUCCAUGUUUAGGGAUUUUUUUUCAUAUUAUUUCUUAUACACAUCAUCUGCCAUUCCGAAAUCCACUUCGCAUCUCUUUCAAAGUUAUUUCUAUUUUAGCCCACAGUUUAUUUUCGAUUAUUUGUUCAAAAAGCUUUACCUGUGUAUAUAACAGGGAUAUUCGAUAUUCCCCUAUAACUAUUGCAGACUUUGCUGUGUUCCUUUGUGUGCACUGGUAGUAUCAAGCCCAUUUUACAAUCUUCAGGGAUCUUUUCUUCUUUCCAUACUAUAUUUGAAAUUUCUAGUUUUUUCUCCCAUGUUCUGUAUCAUCUCGGUUGUGAUUUUAUCUUCUCCCGGGGCUCUUUGUUGUUCCGUUUUCUUGUGUGUUUUAUUUUCUGUAUCGAGCAGUCCUUCAAAAUAUCCUCUCCAGCGCUCCAUUUUAUCUACUUCAUUUACCUUUCAAUAUUAUAUAGAACUGUUUCUGGUUUGUUCUACUGUCUAUUUCUAAUUUGUCUCCAAAUUCAUCCUAUUUUUGAUGUUUGGACUGCAAUAUCAAUUUUUUCACUUUUUUACUUUGUUAUUUGUAUUGCUCGUCACUUCUCUGCGUUUUUUGUCGUAGGUAUAUUUGCCAUUUCAUCUUUUUAAUUUUAACUUGGGUUUUUAUUUAUCAGUCCACUAUGAUGUCUGUUUUUUUCUUAUCGUUUUGUCUAAUUGUCCCACAGACGUCUCUUACAGAGUCUGUGAGGGUAGCUUUUUAGAGCUGUCACACUAACCAUGUAUCUUCAAUACAUUUUUACCAAUCUGUGAUUCCAAAUCAAUAUUUUAAAAUGUCUUAUCUUAUCACUUCGCCCGCGCAGGUCGGUAAACUCGGACCCUGACCUUUAUCGGUAGUUAAUGCAUUUAUAUUUUUACAUCUUUUUAGUUAUUAAUUAUUAUUUUUAUUAUGUCCUCAAUCAACUAGUCUUACUUUUGUAGUUUUCUGGAUGUUUUAUACCACAGUAUAUCUUUGCACUGCACUUACUUAUACUUACUUUAUACUUUAGUGUUUUAUUUGCUCCUAAUUCUCCAUAAAUUUGAAGUUUAUUAUGGAAUAAUAAUCCACAUAACAUUAUAUUUAUUAUCCAAUACCGGAAUCAAACAAUAUAUGUUUCAAUAAUACUUCGAAUUUAGAAAAUUCGGAAAUGCAAUUUUUUGCUCUGUUGAAAAAAAUUGAUUUCCAUGAUAGUGUAACUUUCUCCGGCACUCUACGGUAUUUACAUACAUCUUCAGCUGUUCGUAAUCUUGAGUGAUUUAAUAGACGAAUGAACAUGCUAAUGUUCAAAAUCAGCCUGGGCUGUGUAUGAACUUGAAAAAUCCAAUUUUGUUCUCUAUAUAUAAAACGGUAAAUAUUUUGAAAAUGUUUUGAAGUUGUUUUUCAGUUUCUAGAGUAAAAAUGUUUAAUACACAAAUUUUAUGUAAAACAUUUUACACUAUAAGGUCAUGUUCUGAUCAAAAUCGUAAGAAUUCAUUUUUAAGGGCUGAAAACCAUCACCAUUCCACAUUUUCUUAUUUUUUGUUUUUAUUUAUAUUAUAAUUUGAAUAAAAUGAUGCUACUGGUCCAUGUCUGAACAACUUUUUUGUUUUAAAAAUCCUAAUUAUUUAUUCGUUUUAGAUACGGGGAAAAAGGUUUCUUACAUAAAAAGUUUCAAAUGCAACUAAAUAAAAAAAUUCUAGGUAUAUAUAAUUCAAAGUACAUGAGAGAUUUACAUUAAUAUAUACGAGAAGAAUUACAUCAGAAAGAUGUUUAUUUAAUACACUAUUACUCCUUUGUUAGAUUUAGUUUUGUAAGUGAAAUGUUGAAAAGAAUAUCGUCACUACACUUGUUUCUUUUCAAAUUCAAAAUUAUUGCACAAAAUUCUAUGUAAAAUUUUAACAGAUAUUAAUGGCUUCUAGUAGUACCUUUUAAAUAGAUUUUGGUAUAUUCUAUGAAUCUUAAUAUCAACAAAUAAAGAAUUUAUUAUGUAUAUAAGAAAUCCAUACUUAGAGCAACAUUCUUUCUCUGCACAUUUAUGAUAUACCUGCUUUUUACAUGACCAGUAUAUAUUACGAAUAUUCGUGUGGGUAUCGGUAUUUAAUGAAUAUUUUAUGUAUUUAACAAGAAUACACAUAGAUGAAUAUACAUACUUAAUUAUAUGUGUAAUAUAUAUGGGACUUACUGUAUAUUCUUUGUAUACAUAUUAUAUCCUGUGUUAUCUGGGCAGAAAUUCCAGAUAGCCACCUAGGAAGUCUUAAGAAAUUUGUUUAAAAUUGAAAAAAAAGAUCAUCAAGUUUGUUUUUGUUCUAUAUAAAUCAUUCAAUAUCGACAAGGGGAGGAAAGUAUCUUUUCCAGGAAGAUUAUCGCUUGCCUCAAUGGGAUAUGUACGUCCUGCAAGGAAUCAUCUAGGCACAUUUUGUUUUUAGAAUCUUCGAAAAAAAACUUUACUUCAAAUUCAAAGAAUACAUAAAAGUUCAUUUCUGUCAAGUUGAAUAUUUCAAACAACAAAUGUGUGAUUAACAUUCAUUUCCCAUUUUAAAACAGCUUUAAGUGAAUAUAUUCUUUGAAUUACUUAUAUUUCUGUUAUCACGAAGGUACGUGCAAUUAUUUCUUAUGCUACAACGAAUUAACACAGAACCAAAAUCAGCAAUCACCGCCAAAUCGGUUUUUGAAAAAAUCAUUGUGGCGCAGAGUAUGAAUGUGGCAAUGGAAAUCACAUCUGUUAAACAAACUCCUACUAGAUUUUGCUUUAAGGCUUUUGAAUCGACCAGUCAGCUAACAUUACCUUUUUUAUUUGAUUGAAGUUUAAAAUAAAAAAAAAUAUAUAAUUCAAAAGUGAAAGUAUAAGGAUAAUUUUUUUUAGUCGGAGCUUAAGAUAGUUCCAAUAUACAAUUUCUAAUAUUUGAAUAUUGAUAAUAUUAUAAUCUAACAUCACUGACUUGAUAUUUAUUUUAUUUAUCAAUUUGUACUAAUAAUCUAGCUUAUUUGGAAACGGCCUGUAUUCACUUAAUGUGAAUUCCAUUAAUGUGCAAUACUGAUUUUUACAAAUUAAAAUUACUUAAUCCUGUAAUUAAACACGAAAUACAAUUGUUUUGCAAACAUUUUACCGUGUUCUUAUUUCU